CGUUCAAAAGCCACACUCCGAAGGCUCAAACCCUUCAAGCUUUCCAGAGUUUCUCGAGAAGAAACCCUAAAUCGAAGAGGUUUCAUCUUGAUUAGCAUCCGAUUCUGUCAAGGCCUGAUAGUUGUUUAGAUUAUAGAAUAGCGAAGGAAAGAAAUGGCAGGAGUUGCUGAACCACAAAAUCGACAGGCACGGCCAAUGCCCCCUCCCCAGUCCAGAGGUCCUCCCCCACCUGCUCGUCCUCGGUCUGAACCUGUUGACCGGGAAAAGACUUGUCCUCUGCUUCUUCGAGUCUUCACUAAGGUUGGUGGGCAUCAUCCCCAAGAAGACUUCGCUGUGAGAGGUAAGGAGCCCAAAGAUGAGGUCCAGAUAUAUACAUGGAAGGAUGCUACACUUCGUGAACUGACGGACUUGGUAAAAGAGGUUGCUCCUGCUGCAAGAAGAAGAGAUGCCAAACUGUCAUUUGCAUUUGUCUACCCUGAUAAGAAUGGCCAUUUUGUUGUAAGACCGGUAGGCAUGACCCAUUCACAUGGCAAUGGGAGACGGAUGGAUGAUCACCAGACGCUCGCUGAUCUCAGCUUUCAGAUUGGAGAUUACUUAAGUGUUGCUAUCAUCUAGAGGAAAGGUCUGUUUAGAAACUCUGGGGGAGCCAUUUUUAGUUUUCUGUAUGAUCUACUGCUGAAAUCUAGUUUGUAAAAAUUGGCAGUAAAGACAAAGCCAACUUUUGAAUGUUUAUAGACUUAAAACUUGUCUUCAGUUGAUGCUUGUUUUUUCAGAUAUCUGAACUAUGUUAAACUAUCUAUAUGCUGAGAUCUCUGGAAAGUUAAUGUGUGA